AUGGCUGGGGAGAUGAAGACAGCAGGGGGCGCCGAGCCCCGUCCCCACACCCGUGUGGCGCAUGCACACUUGGCCCCUGGUCUUCCGGCUCUCCCGGAGCUGCUCAGCCUUCCAAGGACUUGGGAAGUCCUCUCUGGGGCUUGGGGGGACGUGGGGCCAUGCCCACAGGGACGGGAACACGGCUUCUACGGGCCCGCUGUGGAGGCUUGGGGGAAGGUGGGCCUCACAUCUCCACCAGCUGCAGCCAGACUCCUCAGGACCCGCUGUGGAGGAUUUGGGAGGACUUGGGGCCACGUCCACAGGGACAAGAACCUGGUUUCCUCAGGAUCCGCUGUGGAGGAUUUGAAGGGACGUGGGGCUGCAGACACAGGGACAGGAACCCAGUUUCCACAGGCCCCACUGUGGAGGCUUGGGGGGACAUGGGCCCACGUCCACAGGGACAGGAAUCCGGUCUCCUCAGGACCCGCUGUGGAGACUUCGAGAGGACGUGGGAUCGCGUCCACAGGGACAAGAACCCGGUCUCCUCAGGACCCGCCGCAGGAGGAGCAGAUUCAGGCUUGUUUCCGGGAAGAAACCCUAACAGAAAUUCAGAAGCAUGGGAGCUGCAUUCAAUUAGGACGUGGAUACAUGAAAUGCUCGUCUCAGGACCUUCUAGAAGAAUGAGCUGGGAAGCACGUUCCGAGUCCUGCUGGAACCAGAGACCGAGGUAAGGGCACAAACUGUCCCCCACGUCAUACAUGCUUUUUAAAAAAUUUCAUGGUUUUUUUUCCAACUUAGUGAAGUGAUUGAAAACUACAGAAAACCUGGUUUAUACCUGUCAUUAACCUUAUGUUAUCUUUUAAUUUAAAUCCCAGUGAGUAAAGAUACAGUGUAAUAUUAGUUUCAGGUGUACAAUAUAGAGCAACACUUCCACACGUCACCUGGUGCUCAUCCCAGGUGCACUUCUUAAUCCCCAGCAGCUGUUUCACACAUUCCCCCACCUCGCUGUGGAACUCCUCAGUUUGUUUCCUAGUUAAGAGUCUGUUUGUCACUGUCUCCCCCCCCCCCCACUUUGUUUUGUUUUAUUGCCACGUGUUAGUGAAAUCAUUGGGUAUUUGUCUUUCUCUGACAGGCUUAUUUCACCCAGCAUAACAUUCUCUAGCUCUAUCCACCUCGUGGCAAAUGACAAGAUUUCAUGUUUGUAUGGCUAAAUAAUAUUACAUUCCAUAUACUACAUCUCAAUUUAUUCAUCAGUUGAUGGAUGCUUGGGCAGUUUCCGUAAUUUGUCUGUUGUAGAAAAUGCUUCUGUAAACAUCAGGGUGCAUGUAUCCCUUUGAAGAAUUAUUUUUGUAUUCUUUCUGUAAAUACCUCGUAGUGAAAUUGCUGGAUCGUAAGGUAGUUCUAUUUCCAGUUUUUUUUGACAAAUCUCCAUGAUGUUUUCCAGAGUGGCUGCACCAGUUUGCAUUCCUCCCCACAGUGCAAGAAGAUUCCUCUUUCCCCACAUCCUUGGCAACACCUGCUGUUUCAUCAUUCAUUGAUUUUAGUCAUUCUGACAGAUGUGAUGUGUUAUCUCAUUGUACUUUUGAAUUUAAUUUCCCUGAAGAUCAGUAUUGUUGAGCAUCUUUUCAUGUGUCUCUUGGCCACGUGUGUGUCUUCCUUGGGAAAAUGUCUAUUCAUGUCUUCUACCCAUUUUUAAUUGGAUUUCUCAUUUUUUUGUGUACUGUAUAACUUUAUAUAUUUUGGACACUAGCCCUUGAUCAGAUGUCGUUUGCAAAUAUCAUUCUGUAGGUGUUUUAGUUUUUUUUGAUUAUUUCCUUGGUGACGGAAGCUUUUUAUUUUUACUAUGUCCCAUUAUUUUUGCUUGUGUUUCCCUUACCUCAGGAGAUAUAUCUACAAAGACGUUUGUACAGGCAGUGUCAAAAAGAUACUACCCUUGUUAUCCUCUGAGAUUUUUAUGGUUUCAGGUUUCACUCAUAGGUCUUUAUCCAUGUUGGAUUUAUUUUUGUAUAUGUUGUAAGAAAGUGGUCCAUUGUUGUUUUGUUUUCUUUUGUUCUGCAGGUUGCUGUCCAGUUUUUCCAAAACCAUAUGUUGAGGAGACUUUAAGUUUAUGUAUUUAUUUUGAGAGAGAGAGCAUGCAAAACAGGGGCAGAGAGAAAUGGAGAGAGAGAAUCCCACGCAUGCUCUGCACUGCCCUGAGAUCAUGACCUGAGCUGAAUUCACAAUCACACACUUUGGUGACUGAGACAACCAUGUGUCCCAAGACUUUUUUUUCCAUUGGAUAUUCUUUCCUGCUUUGUUGAGAAUUAAUUGACCAUAUAUGUGUGAGUUCAUUUCUGCGUUUCUAUUCUAUUGAUCUAUGUCUCUGUGUGUUGUUGUUGUUGUUGUUUUGCCAGUACCAUACUGUUCUGAUCAGUACAGCUUUGUAAUACAACCUAAAGUCUGAAAUUGUAAUGUCUCCAGCUUUGCUUUUCUUCUUCAAGUUUGGUUUGGCCGUUUGGGGACUUUUGGCAUUCCAUACGAAUUUUGAGAUUAUUUGUUCCAGUUCUGUGACAAAUGUUUUUGUUAGUGUGAUAGGGAUUUCAUUACAUGUGUAGAUUGUUUUGAGGAGUGUAGACAUUUUAACAAUAUUUUGUUCUUGCCAUCCAUGAACAUUAAAUGUAUUUCCAUUUCUUUGUGUCGUCUUCCAUUUAUUUCAUCAGUGUUUCAUAGCCUUUAGAGUACAGGUCUUUCACCUCUUUGGUUAGGUAUAUUCCUGGUAUCUUGUGGUAUUUGUGAGUGUGUCAAUGGGAGUGAUCCCUUACUUUCUCUCUGUGUUAAUUCAUGAUCCAUGUAUAGAAAUGCAAUACGUUUAUGUACAUUGAUUUCUGUAUAUUGUGACUUGUCGAAUUCAUAUAUCAAUUCUAGCAAUUUUUAAGGGAGUCUUUCAUGUUUUUUAUAGAGCACAUCAUGUCAGGUCCACAUAGCGAAAGUGCUACUUCUUCCUUGCCGAUUUGGAUGCCUCUUAUUUCUUUUUGUUGUCUGAUUGCUGUGGCUAGGAUUUCCCGUACUAUGUGGAAUAACAGUGGUGAGAGGGGUCAUCCCUGUCUUGUCCCUGACCUUGGAGGAAAAACUUUCAAUUUUCCCCAUUGAGGAUGAGAUGAGCUGUGGGUUUUUCCUAGAUGACCUUUAUUAUGUGCAGGUAGGUUGAGUCUCAAUGUACUUUGCUGAGGGUUUUUAUCAUGAGUGGAUGUGACAUUUUGUCAAAUGGUUCUCUUGCAUCUGUUGAAAACAUCGUAUUGUUCUUAUCCUUUCUUCUAUUACUGUGGUGCAUCAUGUUGAUUGAUCUGUGAAUGUGGAACCACCCUUGCAGCCCAGGGAUAUAUCCCACUUGAUUAUGGUAAAUGAUUCUAUUAAUGUAUUGUUGACUUUAAUUUUAAGGUAUUUUAAUGAGAAUUUUGGCAUACAUAGUCAUCAGGCUAUUGGUCUGCAGUUUUAUUUAAAAAAAUUGUUAACAUUUUUAUUUUUAUUAAAAAAAUUUUUUUUCUUAAUGUUUUUAUUUUUGAGACAGAGAGAGACAGAGCAUGAGCAGGGAAGGGGCAGAGAGAGAGGGAGACACAGAAUCGGAAGCAGGCUCCGGUCUCUGAGCCAUCAGCACAGAGCCCGACGUGGGGCUCGAACUCACAGACUGUGAGAUCAUUACCUGAGCUGAAGUCGGACUCUCAACCGACUGAGCCACCCAGGCGCCCCUUAACAUUUUUAAAAUGUUUAUUUCUUUCCUUAGAUAGAGUACAUAAAAGUGAGGGGGGGCAGAGAGACAGGGAGAGAGAGAAUCCUGGCCAUGCUCCACACUGUCAUGGCAGGGCCCAACGUGGGACUCGAACCCAUGCACCACAAGAUAAUGUCCUAAUCCGAAAUUAAGAGUUGGACAGUAAACUGACCGAGCCACACAGGCGCUGCUGCAGUUUUCGGUUUUAGUGGAGGCUUCAUCUGGUUUUGGUAUCAGGGUAAUGAUGGCCUCAUAUGAUGAAUUUGUAAGUUUUCCUUCUUUUUUUAUUUUUUGUAAUAAUUCGAGGAGAAUACAUAUUACCUCUUCCUUAAAAGGAUGGUAGAAUUCAUCAAUGAAGCCAUCUGGCCAUGAACUCUUGUGUUGGGGGGAGAUUUUUUAAAUUACUGAUGUGGUUUCUUUCUGUUUUCAGAUUUUAGAUAUCUUCCUGUUUCAGUUUUGGUAGUGUGUGUGUUUCUAGGAAUUUGUCCAUUUUUCUCCGAGUGUCCAAUUUGUUGCAUUUAGUUUUUCAUAAUAUUAUCUUCUAAUUGUAUUUUUGUGGUGUGAAUGUUAUUUCUCCUUUAUUAUUUGUGAUUUUAUUUAUUUGAGUCCUUUCUGUCUUCUUUGUGAAAAGUCUGCCUAGGAGGUUUUCAAGUUGAUUACUGCUUUCAAAGAACCAGCCCCUGGUUUCAUUGAUUUGGUCUAGUGUCUUUUUGGUUUCUAUAUUCCUUAUUUCUGCCCUAAACUCUAUUAUUUCCUUCCUUCUGUUCUUUUUCUCAUUCCUUUAGUUGUAAGUUAGGAUUGCUUGAGAUUUUUCUUGCUCUUUAAGGUAGGCUUGUAUUGCUAUAUACUUCCAUCAUAGACUGCUUUUGCCGCAUUCCAAAGGGUUUUACCAGUGUAUUUUCAUUUUCAUUUGUUUCAGUGUAUUUUCUCAUUGAUUUCCUGUUUGACCCAUUCAUUUAGUAGCAUGUUAUUUAACCUCCCUUUAUUUGUGGCCUCCCCCCCCCGCCCUUUUUUUGUGGUUGACUUCAAGUUUCCUAGCUUUGUGGUUAGAAAAGAUGCUUGGUCUGAUCUCUGUCGUUGGGUACCUCUUGAGGCCUGAUUUGUGACCUAGAAUGUGAUCAAUUCUGGAGAACGCCCCAGGUAUGCUUGAAAAGAAUGUGUACUCUGCCAUUUUAGUAUGGAGUGUUCUGAAUGUAUCUGUUAAACCCUUCUGGUCCAGUGUGUCAUUCAAAGCCAUUGUUUCCUUGUUGACUUUCUGUUUAUAGGUUCUGUCCAUUGAUGUGAGUGAUGUGUUAAAGUCCUCUACUAUAGUUAUAUUAUUAUAAAUUAGUUCCUUUAUGGUUGUUGCUAAAUGUUUUAUAUACUUGGUGAUCGCAUGUUGGGUGCAUCAAAAUUUACAGUCAUUGGAUCUUCUUGUUUGGCUGUCCCCUUUAGUAUGAGAUCGUGUCUGUCUUCAUCUCUUGUUAUGGAUUGCUUGCUUGCUUGCUUGCUUAUUUAUUUAUUUAUU